CGGGGGGGCUGACUACUUUUUCGUGGAGGCAUAGAAGCUGCGAUGCGUGGAAGCGGGUGGCGGUGCAAAUGGCCAGAUCGCCUCGGAACAAUCUUAUCCUCCUCCUUUCCAUAGUUCCUCAUUUUCAUCGAUUUCUCUACAAUUAUUACUAAAACUCUAUCUGGAUAGCUCUAUUCUGGAGACUGUCUUCUACAGGUGGAAGAAUGGCGGUGGCGGAGGGGAUGGGUGUGGCGAAGCUGUUGUACAUAAUCGUGGUAGAGGAUGAUGCGGAAACGGAGAAGGAUACUUCGUUUCGAUACACGCGUUCCGUUCUACAGAGCACUUUGCAACUCAUGGGAUGCAAGGCUCGUCACGCCUUUAAGAUUAGCCGGAGAAUAUUUGAAAUGGUGAGAAGUGAAUGCCUGGCAGAUAAGUUGGUUUCAACAUGUGAAGAAGUCUCACAGCAGGAUGCUAAAAUAUAUACCCAGAGGGAGGUAGAGUAUUAUGCUGACACCUGCUUGGAUAAAGCAGAUCUUGUUGAUCAUUUAGUUUCAGAGGAAGAAAAGAAUAAGAGCAAACCGUUUGAGUUGUACAAAAUACGCACCACUGCAGUUAUCAGGAGAAAAAAUUUCCUAGAUGUUGCUUCUGAAGCUCUUGCAGAGUACAAGUAUGUGGGCCCAGAUCAAAGGGCUGAUUUGGCUAUGGCUUGCAGAAUCCGAGAACGAAAGGAAUCUGUUACUGUACUAUUGUGCGGCACAAGUGGCUGUGGCAAAUCUACUUUGUCUGCUUUGCUUGGUAGCAGGUUGGGUAUUACAACUGUAUUAUCUACUGACUCAAUCAGGCAUAUGAUGAGGAGCUUUGUAGAUGAAAAACAAAAUCCACUAUUGUGGGCUUCAACUUACCACGCAGGAGAAUAUUUAGAUCCUGUAGCUGUUGCAGAAGCUAAGGCCAAAAGGAAAGAAAAGAAAUUAACCGGUGUUUCAACCUCUUCACUAGCUAGGACUGAUGUAUCUGAUGGUUCUACAGUUGGAAAAUCACCAAUUGACGCAUGUUCCACCACUGUUGGUUUGAUCAGUCCAAAGCAGAUGGCAAUUGAAGGUUUUAAAGCGCAAAGUGAGAUGGUAAUUGACAGUCUUGAUCGGUUGAUUACUGCAUGGGAAGAACGGAAAGAAUCAGUGGUGGUGGAGGGCGUUCAUUUAAGUCUCAAUUUUGUGAUGGGGCUUAUGAAAAAACAUCCUUCAAUCAUACCUUUCAUGAUUUAUAUUUCGAAUGAGGAGAAACACCUGGAAAGAUUUGCAGUCCGUGCUAAGUACAUGACUUUAGAUCCUGCUAAAAACAAGUAUGUUAAAUAUAUACGAAACAUCAGAACAAUUCAAGAAUAUCUCUGCAACCGAGCUGAUAAGCAUUUGGUGCCAAAAAUAAACAACACAAAUGUUGAUAAAAGUGUGGCAGCCAUUCAUGCAACAGUUUUUAGCUGCCUAAGGAGGCGUGAGGCAGGAGACCAGCUGUAUGAUCCGAUCACAAACAGAGUUACUGUUGUUGAUGAGGAGUACAGAAAUCAGCGUGCUGCCAAUUCCUUGAGUUCCAAGGGAAUGUUUCAGUUGAUCCAAAGGAAAGGUUCUAGCCGGCAUUUGAUGGCACUUUUGAAUGACGAUGGAUCUGUGGCUAAGGCUUGGCCAGUUAACAUAAUUGAUGAAAAUGGCAAGCCAAUUGUGGGCCGGCCUAUUGAGAACGGAGUAGGAACACCUGCCUAUGGACCAUUGCAGAUAGAUAGAGCUGAAUCUGUCAACUUGCAGUUCGGUAACUUUGGGAUCAGUGCUUGGCCCAGUGAUACUGGGGGUACUAGUCAUGCCAGUAGUGUGGAUGAGUCAAAGGGUUACCAGACUGACAAUGGUAGUAAAUAUUAUUCGUCCUGCUGCAGUUCACCAAGGUUCUCAGAAGGGCAUGCAAAGGAGCUCAAGGAAGAAAACUCAGUGCAUGGUAGUGAUGAAGAUGUUGAUGAACCGCCUGAGAUAGACAGUGAUGAGGAUCUUAGUGAUGGGCGAAAACAGAACCAAGAAGAGGUAAGGAUUUGUCAUCAGUUUAUUCAAAAAAUUCACAAAACGUAGCAUUCAUGAUUUUUUUUCCAUCUUGAACGAAGUGGAGUAAAUUCUUCUCUUGGUAUGAGAAUGUUUUGAUUAGCAGAUACAU